AUGGCCGAACCAUCCAGCUCCAAAUCUGCGGAUGUGCCCCUCCAAACUCUUUCGUCGGGCUCUCAAGACAACGACGGCUCUAACCGGCCCUCUGCUCCUCCUGGUUUGGCGAAACGUACACACCGGCCUCCAUCCUCCGAGACAGAAGGCCCCCAGAGCCCACUCAGCCACCUCAAAGCCCGCCUCUCUCUCUUCGGCCCCGGCCACGACGACCAUGAGCACCGCCCAGACGACGCUCACUCCGACUCCGGAGGCUCCGAGUACGAGCUCCUGCUCGACCCCAACCUCCCAGCCGACUACUCGCAGCGCCACCAAGCACUACCGCGGCACUCUCUCUCCAUCGUCGACCCGGACCAUGACGGAGCCCCCGACAAACCCCGAUCCACCAGCUCUCUGGACUCGGACCAGGCCCCCUUGGUCGCGGACGGAGCCGAUGACGAGCAGGAAGAGAUAGAGGACUCGCCCUACCCUGAAGUGCGCGCGGCCGUGGCCCCCUUCGACGACCCCUCGCUCCCCUGCAACACGCUGCGCGCCUGGACUAUCGGCCUCUCGCUGAUCUUCCUGGGGGCGAGCAUGAACACGCUCUUCUCGCUGCGGUCGCCCAACAUCAGUCUGGGCGCGCUGAUCGCGCAGGUCAUUGCCUGGCCGCUGGGCAGGGGGUGGGCGCGGUUUGUGCCGGACAAGGAGAUUGCCGUGUCUAUCCCGCCGUGGUUGUCGUGGGAUGAACGGAAAAGGGCGAUACGGCUGAAGCUGAACCCGGGCCCGUUCAACAUCAAGGAGCAUGCCAUCAUCGUGGUCAUGGCCAGCGUGUCGUUCUCGGUGGCGUACGCGACGGAUAUCAUCCUCGCGCAGAAGGUGUUCUACAAGCAGGACUUUGGCGUGGUAUGGCAGUUGUUGCUGGUGGUUUCGACGCAGAGCUUGGGCUAUGGGAUUGCCGGGAUGAUGAGGAGGUUCCUGGUCUAUCCUGCCUCGAUGAUCUGGCCCGGCAAUCUCGUGUCGGUCACGUUGAUGAACGCCAUGUAUGAGAGCAGCGAGGACCGCGAUCCGACCGUCAUCGGCGGGUCGAUGCCCCGGUACCGCUGGUUUUCCCUCGUCACGCUCGCCGCCUUCGUCUACUACUUCAUCCCGGGCUUCCUGGCCCAGUUCCUGAGCUCGUUCGCCUUCAUGACGUGGCUCGCCCCGAACAGCCCCGUCGUCAACCAGCUGUUUGGAUACACCACCGGCCUGUCGCUGCUGCCCGUCACCUUCGACUGGACGCAGAUCUCGGGCUUCGUGGGAUCCCCCCUGAUUCCGCCGUGGCACGCCAUUGCCAACACCAUGAUCGGCGUGGUCCUGUUCUUUGUGUUGCUCGCGUCGGCGCUCCACUACAGCGGCACCUGGUACUCGCAGUACCUGCCCAUGAGCGACUCCAACACGUACGACAACACGGGACGCGAGUACGACGUGGCGCGCAUCCUGACGGCCGACUACACGCUGGACGUGGAAGCCUACAGCAACUACUCGCCCCUGUUUCUCAGCACGACCUUCGCCAUCUCGUACGGGCUCUCCUUCGCCGCCAUCACGUCCCUGGUCGUGUACACGUACCUGCACCACGGCAAGACCAUCUGGCGGCAGUACCGGAGCAGCACCACCGAGAAGCCCGACAUCCACAUGAAGCUGAUGCGGCGGUACAAGGAGGCGCCGACCUGGUGGUACAUGUCGCUGUUCGCCGUGAUGCUCGUCAUCGGCUUCAUUACCGUCCUCGCCUGGCCGACCAACCUGACCUGGUGGGCCUUCCUGCUGGCCGUAUUCAUCUCGUUUGCCUUCUCGCUGCCGAUUGGCAUCAUCCAGGCCGUCACCAACAACCAGAUCGGCCUGAAUGUCUUGACCGAGUUCGUCUACGGGUAUAUCCAGCCCGGCCGGCCACUCGCUCUGAUGAUCUUCAAAACCUUUGGCUACAUCACCAUGUCACAGGCCCUGACCUUCGUCUCGGACCUCAAGUUCGGCCACUACAUGAAGAUUCCGCCGCGCACCAUGUUCAUGGUCCAGGUCGUCGCCACCACCUUCUCGUGCUUCGUGCAGGUCGUUGUGCUCAACUACGCGCUCCGAACCAUCCCGGGCGUCUGCGAGCCCACCCAGCCGGAGCACUUCACCUGCCCUGGCGGCAAAGUCUUUUUCUCAGCAUCCGUGAUAUGGGGCCUCAUCGGCCCAGCCCGUAUCUUCUCGCCCGGGCAGCUCUACUCGUCCCUCUUCGUCUUCUUCCUCGUCGGCGCCGUCACCCCGCUGGCCAUCUACCUCGCCGCGCGCUGCCGGCCCAAGUCCUUCCUCCGCUACCUCAUGGCGCCCGUCAUCUUCGGUGGUGCCGGCGCCAUCCCGCCCGCCACGCCGCUCAACUACCUCUCCUGGGGCAUUGUCGGGUUCGUCUUCCAGUAUCUCGUCAAGAAGCGCCACUUCGCCUGGUGGCGCCGCCUCAACUUCCUCACCAGUUCCGGUCUCGACUUGGGGCUGGCCCUGAGCACGCUGGUCAUCUUCUUUGCCUUCACCCUCCGCGAGGUGGCGCCGCCCAAGUGGUGGGGCAACGAGGUAGUCAAGACAACGUUGGAUUAUAAGGGCAAGGCCGUCCAGGUUGUGCUGCCGCCCGGCGAGACUUUUGGGCCUGCUAGUUGGUAGUAGAGUUAGACGGCCUGGGUCUCGUGUGUGUUUCAAUAGGGGGACUAAUGA